AUGGCCCUCUGGCCUUUCUAUUUGGCCUUCAUCGUAGCCUUAUGCUACUACAUAGCAAGGCCAUCAGCUUCCCUCCAUGUUCCCACCGUCACGUACAGCCGGUUCCUCCCGGACUUCAUCAACCGAAUCCUCUACUACGUGACCGCGCCCGCUCUGAUCCACAAAGGAUAUGAAAAGUACAAAGACAGGCCCUUUCGCAUCCUCAAACCCAAUGGCGACUUGAUCGUUCUACCGGCUAAAUAUCUCGAGGAAAUCCACCGGAUCCCGCCCAAGAAGCUGAGCCCAGUGGAUACUGAGUUCAAGAAUAUGUUGCGGGCCUACGCCAUUGCCACGGCUGUGAGUGAUUUGCCCGUCCAAGCUGUCACGAAGAAGUUGAAUGUUUCUCUCGAUCGAAUUAUUCCCGGAGUAAUAGAUGAGCUGAACCAUGCGAUCGAUAUGGAAAUCACACCAUGCAAAGGCAAGCACUAUCCCAGCGCCGACAAAUUCACGGACCUAACACAACCAGGACAAUGGAUUUCGGUUACCCUUUAUGAUAUUAUUCUCCGCAUCGUCAGCCGUACCAUCUCUCGUGUUGCUGUUGGCGGUGGUAUAUGCCGAAACGAAGAAUACAUCAAUGCCAUUUCGUCCUAUACUUCUAACGCCGUCUUCACCACUCACAUGCUGCAGUUCUUCCCCUGGUUCCUCCGUCCCCUGAUCUCACGGUUCACUCCCCUCGAGGAUCUCCAUGAAAAGAUGCUAUGGAUACAGCAGGAGCUGUUUGUUCCCAUGAUCCAGACCCGCCGGUUCAAGGAGAUCAAUCAGUCUAUGUACAUCAAGCCGGACGACAUAAUGCAAUGGAUGAUGGAUCUGGCGAAGGCCUCAUUCGACUGCGAUACUGAGAACCUAGCAAGGGGGUUGCUGGAGCUCACCAGUGUGAAGAUGGUCCAUACCACCACGUUGCUGCUGACCCAUGCGCUCUAUGAUCUUAUCGCUCGACCGGAGUAUGUACAGCCGUUGCGGAAGGAGAUCCAAAAGACAUUGAAGGACGGGUGGACCAAGGUGACGCCGGAGAUCCUUGACAAGCAGCGCCGUCUGGAUAGUUUCCUGCGCGAAUCCCAGCGUUUGAAUCCACCGAGAGAGGUCAACGUUCACUAUAACGCUAGACGCCAUUUCAAUCUCCAUGACGGACUUCACAUCCCCACUGGGUCUCAUAUCUGCUUCGCUACCGGUCCUAUGGCGAAGGAUUCUUCCAUCGUGUUUGAUGGGAAACUCUUUGGUGGAUUCCGCUGGUGUAGUGAUCCUACUAAACGGUUGGUGUCGAUUGACCUGGCGGGUCUUCAUUUCGGAUCUGGUAGUGAAGCGUGCCCCGGGCGGUUCUUCGCGGCGAAUACCGCCAAGCUGGUCAUGGGCCGUCUGCUUUGGGACUAUGAUAUGAAGUUCGAGGAGAAUCAGGGUAGACCGGAGAAUAUGUGGGAAGGGGAUCGGAUCAUGCCGAAUCCGAAGGUUCGGAUUCUUAUCCGGGAGCGGGAGAGGGAGUGACUAGGGCAUGUCCGUGAUGGUACGAUUGUUGGAAGCAGGUUGGGAUGCGUAACAAAAUGGGUGCAGUAAAGAGUAGUUGAUUCUUUGAUGGCGAAAAGGAUUCGAAAGUAACGAUUCAUCAAACAACCUCCAAGUCUCCAACCAUACACUAAACACAUAAC